GUGGCCUGUUUUGUCACGUGGGAAUGACAAGUUUCGCGGGAAUGAAAAACAUGGCGAGCGAAGUGCUAGAUGAUGUUGUUGUACAUCCUGUACAAUGUCCCGUUUGUUCUAAGGACUUCGUGGCUUCAGAAAUCAAUGCUCAUCUAGACACAUGUUUAUUAAAUAAUGAUACUUUUCCGACAUCUACCAGUAAUGAAGAGAACGGACCUCCUCUCAAGAAAUCUCGAAUGUCUCAAGACACUUCUGUUCCGAAAACUCCACCUGUUAACAAGACAGAAUCGUUUAAUGCGAUAAAAGGUACGCCAUCCUCGCCUGUUUUCGGUAUGUUUCAAACUAACAGAAAAACGGGCCCAGUUAAGAGUGAACGAAAUGUUUUUGUAUCGAAUAAACAGAGUGCCAGCUCUGCUGUCAGUAAAGGAAUGAAACGCAACACACCGGACGAAACUGAGACAAGUGUAGAUACGAGUGUUUCUAACACGCUAAAGAAGACCCAUCAGGAUACAACCUCUGUGCGAACACUGCUUAGUAUUGAUAAACCACUGGCCGAAAAAAUGCGACCGACUACGCUGGAAGAAUAUUUUGGCCAAAACAAAGUCGUGGGAGAACACACCCUUCUCAGGUCGCUGUUGGACUCUCAGGAGAUUCCGUCCUUGAUCUUAUGGGGACCACCUGGUUGUGGAAAGACCACCCUGGCCCACAUCAUAGCUAGUGGCAGUAAGAAGAGAGGCACAGCCCGCUUCGUUACUCUCUCUGCCACCAGCACGUCCACCAAUGAGGUGCGAGAGGUCAUUAAGCAGGCUCAUAAUGAGCUAAAACUUAUGAAGAGGAAGACCAUCCUCUUUAUAGAUGAGAUUCAUCGCUUCAACAAGUCACAACAGGACACCUUCCUCCCUCAUGUGGAGUGUGGGACGGUGACUCUGAUCGGGGCGACCACAGAGAACCCUUCGUUCCAAGUGAACGCUGCUCUGCUGAGCAGGUGCAGGGUCCUGGUUCUGGAGAAGCUGUCUGUGGAAGCGAUGCGUUCAAUACUCCUUAGGACCGUCACUUGGCUGGGGAUCAGAGUACUGGGAGAAGAUGUCAACGAUGCCACGGAUCAAGACGAGUUCGAUGCAGCCGAGCUCCGAUCGGAACCUAAGGUGUACAUUGAGCAGAAGGCUUUGGACACCAUAGCCCAUCUGUGUGAUGGCGAUGCCCGGGCGGGGCUCAAUGGACUCCAGUUGGCUGUCCAGGCCCGGGUGGGUGCAGCACGUCCUAGCCAAUCAGGAUCUGACAACGCCUCGCAGGAUAUAGUAUUGCUGGAGGAGCAUGUGAAGGAGGGCCUUCAGAGGUCCCACAUCCUCUACGACAAAGCAGGAGAGGAGCACUACAACUGCAUCUCAGCCCUUCACAAGUCCAUGAGGGGUUCCCACGACAAUGCCUCCCUCUACUGGCUGGGGCGCAUGCUGGAGGGAGGAGAGGACCCACUGUAUGUGGCACGCAGAUUGGUGCGCUUCGCUAGUGAAGACGUGGGUCUGGCAGAUCCUUCUGCCCUUCCUCAGGCUGUGUCUGCCUUCCAGGCCUGCCACUUCAUCGGGAUGCCCGAGUGUGAGGUGAUUUUGGCCCAGUGUGUGGUGUACCUGGCUAGGGCUCCCAAGUCUGUGGAGAUCUACAAGGCGUACAAUAACGUGAAGGCCAGUUUGAGGAACCAUAAGGGCCCUCUGCCCUCUGUUCCUCUCCACCUCCGCAAUGCCCCCACCAGGCUGAUGAAGGACCUGGGCUACUCUAAAGGUUACAAGUACAACCCUGCCUUCAGUGUCCCUGUGGAGCAGGACUACCUGCCCGAGGAGCUCCAGGGCAUGGACUUCUUCACCUGGAACCCCUCAGACCCAUAACAUGUGAUUUGAGGUUGACCCAUGACCUUUGAGGUUUCAUGUGUGGGAUGUGCGAUGAGGACCUCAGUCAAUGCUGCUGAUGGUAGACUAAUCAUUCUCUGUAGUGACCAAAACCAAUUGUUCAGUGAUGUUUUUCACUUUGUUUAAAUAAUAUAUGUUGUAUUGUAGAUAGUAACCAUUCAUUGUUUGUAUUCUUUCACAAACAAACUGAUCUAUUUUCUCUAGUAAGCUGUUAGAAGCGUUUGAUUAUAAUGCAUUUUAUUGUUCAGGACUGGUUUAUUAUACAGUAUGUAGGAUUGGAGAUUUAUUUCAAUUUUGAGCCAUUGUCUGCAAACAAAAGAAAUUAUAUUAAAGUUAAUCCUAUGAA